AUGUCACCUUCAAUAAAGAAAUAUGUGAAGGACAUGAUAUCCAACAGCUUCCCAGCUGCUGAACACAGCGCCAUGAUGGUUUCGGAAGAAGUGAGUGCUAUAAUCCGAGGCGAAACUCCGAUCAAGAGGCCUGAUCCGGGCAGCUUUGUUUUGGAUUGCAACAUACGGAAUAAAAGUUGUCCUCGAUCCCUUUGUGACCUAGGUUCCAGCGUGAACCACAUGCCGCACUCUGUCGCGAUAUCCCUGGGAUACGACAAGUUCAAACCUACCAAAAUAACUUUGGUUCUUGCUGAUAGAUCUAUUAGAGUACCUGAGGAGGUACUUGACGACGUGCCAAUAAGGAUUAACGACUAUCACGUACCAAUGGAUUUCGUUGUGAAGAAAUACCAGAACGAACCGAAAGAUCCCUUCAUUUUGGGUAGGCCAUUUCUAGCUACAGCUGGUGCGAUCAUUGAUGUCAAGGAAGGUCGGAUAUGUCUAAACAUUGGAAACAUUCCAAUGACCUUCAAAAUGGAAAAAAAUGAUAAGAGGACCCUUAAUCGAUAA